AUGCCGGUUCUGGGAAUCCGUAAAACCACAAUAUCGCAAAAUGGCACUGCUGGAGCAUUUAUUCUAGCUUGUAAAAGGAUCGACUUUCAUUACUGUGACUUUUGGGGAAGUUCCAGGGGCAUGAAUCUGUUUCUGAAGCAUAACCUUCAAAGAUUUGCCGCGGAAAACCCUCAAGUUGAGAUAACUGUCAGUCCACGGCCCAACCGACACCCAGUGAUAAUCGGCCACUACAUAAAUGGAAGACACAAAGCUAUCUGCGUGCGGAAUUUGGAUGAAGCGCAAAUUUUAAAAAAAUUAGAUCUUCUUCGUGAUGCGAAUGGAGAAAAGUUAAAGAGAGUCACAAAACCCGUGCAAUCACUCCAGGAAUCUGUCCGCGGCAUCUGGUCACCAUACCAUGGAACAGGUUUGAAAGUCUAA